AUGAUUAUCACUAUUCGAAUUGGUUUUGUAUUGACAUUUGUGCUCUUAUUCAUUGUCAUCAGUGCUACUGAAAGUCAGUGUUCUGAUAAUGAAGAGUACAAUGAAUGUGGUAGUGCUUGUCAAGAAAAUUGUACACAUACACCCGCAUUUUGCACACUUCAAUGUGUUCCGGGAUGUGUUUGUAAAAAAGGUUUUGUACGUGAAACUGAUGAUAAAAGUAAAUGUAUACCACGUUCCCAGUGCGCUUGUUCUGUAAAUGAAUUUUUCAACGAAUGUGGAUCAGCUUGUCCAGAUACUUGUGCAGCUAGAUCUCAAUUAUGUACUAGACAAUGUGUACCUGGUUGCUUCUGCAAGGAUGGUUUUAUCCGUUUAAACAAUCAAACGGGUAGUCCAUGCAUUCCUGAAUCGGAAUGUAAUAAUUCUUUAUGCCAUGAUCCCAAUGCAGAAUAUACAGAAUGUGGAUCAUCAUGUUCACAAACAUGUGAUGACGAGCGUAAUCCAAUUCAAAAAUUUCGACUUUGUUCAACAGUGUGUCGAAAUGGAUGUUUUUGUAAAACGGGUUUUGUUAUCGGAGAGAAUAGUCAAUGUGUUAAACCUGAAACUUGUUGUCAGACAAUUAAUGGAUUAUAUAAAACAUGUGAUACACAAGUUGAGUAA